AUGCUGGAGGAGUUACGACCGACAGACACAUCGAACUGGAGCACGACGAAUGAACAAGACUUCUACAUAACAUUCUACGAUCAGACAAGCGGACAAUAUGUUAAUAACACACAGAAUAUUACACAGGUUUACCAAUCAUUCAUUUUACCAUGGUGGCGACAACUUCUUUGGACCGUUCUUUUCGCCGGUAUGGUCGUUGUUUCGACUGUGGGCAACCUAGUCGUAAUAUGGAUAGUUCUAGCAAAUAAACGUAUGAGAAGUGUGACAAACUAUUUUCUUGUGAAUCUAUCAAUAGCGGACGCAAUGAUGUCAACAUUGAAUGUUACAUUCAAUUUCACAUACAUGCUGUACUCGGAUUGGCCGUUUGGACAUUUUUACUGCAAAUUCUGCCAAUUUGUUGCCGUAUUGAGCAUAUCUGCAUCGGUGCUUACUCUCAUGGCUAUCAGUAUUGAUCGGUACGUAGCAAUAAUGAGCCCUCUCCGACAGAGGUUGGGAAAGCGCGCGACGCUUGGCAUAGCAGCCGCGAUUUGGGCCAUCAGUUGUGUUGUCAGUAGUCCCAAUUUCCUCUACUUCACCACUGAAACUGAUCUAUUACCAGAUGGAAAUGUUAGACGCAUAUGCUUUCCUGAUUGGCCGGAUGGUAUCACGACUAGAUCUCAAUUGGAAUACGUGUAUAACGUAAUGUUCAUGUUGCUGACAUACUUUCUACCAAUAAUGUCAAUGAGUUACACCUACUCCAAAGUCGGGGUCGAGUUGUGGGGCUCCAAAUCCAUUGGUGAAUGUACCCAGCGGCAAUUGGACAAUGUUAAAAGCAAACGAAGGGUGGUCAAAAUGAUGAUAGUUGUCGUUGUGAUAUUCGCCGUAUGUUGGCUGCCGUUCCACGUUUAUUUUAUCGUGACGUCAUAUUACCCAGACGUGGUCAACUACGAGUACAUACAGGAAAUAUACCUCGGGAUCUAUUGGCUUGCGAUGAGCAAUUCCAUGUAUAACCCUAUUAUUUACUGUUGGAUGAAUUCCAAAUUUCGUCGUGGCUUCAAACAAUUCUUCUGGUGUUGUGGUGCGUUGGGUAACGGUGGAUUCAACCGGCACAGAGGCUUCGGCCCAGAUCUACCCGACAUGUCCAUGAGAUCUGUGUCUCCAAGCCGUAAAAAUGGUACAAGUAUGUUCAAGACGACAUUCAAAAUGACAAAGUCGAGAAAGUCCGGAUCUCCACAAUUUCUACAUGUCAAUAAAUAG